AUGCUGCUCGGCAAGGACCUCUAUCGACAGCUGCUCAAGGAGGCCAGGCACCUCCCAGACUCCCGCGUCAGUGAGCACUACCUGCACGCCAUCCGCACCUCGUUCAAGCAGCCUCCACCGCCCGAGUCGAGCUCGCAGGCAGUUCGCCGAGUCAAACACGCCCAAAAGCUUCUCCGUCACCUCCAAGCAGCCAACGACGGCUACCUGCAUGCCCUGACUCGAGCGUUCGAGACGGCGUACGGCCUGCGUGGCCCGCAGAAGCAUGUCGCCCUCUCGCCUUUCCUCGAGCCGGGCCUUCCUAAUCGCUCCUUCCCGCCUGCCCUUGCCGCCCUCGUUACCUCCCCCGUCGCUCACCUCUCGCGGCCGCCCACCCCGGCGCAUCUCCUCACGCCGCCAACCCUCCCCGAGCGCGCCGACCCGCGUUCCGAAGCCGCUCGCCUCCUCGGUCCGCUCCCCGACGAGCGCAUCCGCGCCGUCAAGCGCCGGUGGUGGAACCUCCAGACGGGCAAAGUGCGCGCGCCGCUCGCCGUCAAGGUCCGCCGAGGCGGCAUCGACGUCGACGACUGCGCCGAGGCGCUCGCCGUCCUUGAGCGGGCCGGUCUUGGCGGCAUGCGCGAGGGCCUGCUGCGCGACGGCUGGCGCAAGCUCGCCGAGCUCGAGCGCAAGGCCGUCGGCGAGCAGGCCGACGGCGAAGUAGCGCCGGUGCGCCCGCUCCCGCCGCGCAGGCUUCAGACGCCCGAGCAGCGCGCAGCGUCGCACCCGCCGCCGCUGCCGCCGUCGAGGCGCAUCGCCGAGCACGAGGCCGACGCCGAGCCGCGCAUCUUGAGCCCGUCGGCGCGAGCGACCAAGUGGCACCGGCCCAAGCACCUCACGGCGCGCCUGCUGCGCCGACGCGCCGCCGCCGUGCUCGAGCAAGCGCCCAUCGUCGUCGUGCAUGUGCCCGCCGAGGGAGAGGGAGCGGCAGAGGGCGUCGGGCGAGAAGCAGAGGGCAAGGUCCGGUUCGAGGUGGUGCGGAGCGACAAGGCAAAGGGGGAGAAGGGGCAGUAUAGGGCCAUGACGUCGGAGGAGACGUGGUGGCAGGAGUGGGCCGCGUCGUUGACGCCGGCGAAGCCGGGCAAGGGUGCAAAGAAGCAGCGAUGAGCCUCGCGCUUC